AUCAUUCGGUGCGGCAAAGUGGAACGAAAUGGGUCACCUGCAGUUGGAUUUCCAUUCGAUACCCAAGCUACAUGGCAAAGAAAACUACUGGCAGUGGCGCAUCCUCCUAAAGACCUUUCUGGAGGCCAACGAUCUGUGGAAGCACAACGAACCCAAGGAGAGCCCAGAAACUAAAUUCCUGAUUUUGGCCAGUGUUACGGCCGAUAAGAUUGAGCCAUCCUACGAUGACCAAAGCUGCUCGUACAUUUUCCAGAAUAUGGAGAGCCGAUUUGGGCCUUUCAGUUAGAAUUUGAAUUAGUAUUAUUGUGGGCCAACUAAAUAUAUUAUCCCUUGGAUUAUUCAACUGA